AUGCCACUCUACCUCAUUGCUGUCUCUUCCUCGUCUCGCCUCCUCGCGCUAGCCCGUCCCGCUGUCCAACGCCUCUGGCAAGAAGUCCAAUGCGCCUCUACGAGCGCCUCUGCCGUCUGGACGUCUGAGACUGAGCCUGCCAUCUCCGACGUCGGCGGCCCGUGGCGCAACAUCAACGAGGAAUCCGGCCAGCACGGGUACAAAGAGGGGUACCCGGAGAAUCCCCAGCUGAGGAAACGUAGUGUCGCUCAAGAGGCCCAGCGCACGUCAGUCGCGCUGCAGCUCGCGGCGGCGGAAGAGAUUGCGACCGAGCUCAGGCUCGCCGCGGCGUCGGAGGACGCCGCCGCUGUGCCACCGGUGAUUGAGCUUGAGGUCGGCGGCCGCCCGGUCCCGAGCACCGCCAACUGCACCAAGGAAUCGAGAACGACUCCCCUUGCCGACCAGCUGCGCGAGUACAAGGAGGAGUCUGUGGAGGGCAAGCCGAAUAUGCCAAGGGGUAUUACGAGAUCCGCGUCAUGCCUACGUGUUUGA